CUGCCAUCGACAUCGGGGCCUCGCGGUUGUGUCCGUCAGCACGUCUGCUCGCAGUUGCAAUUCGUGGUGGAUGCAAUCUGUGUGUGUAUGUGUGUGUGUGUUGGCAUGUUGUCUGUGCCUCGCCGCCGGUUUGCUCGUUAGUAUAUCGGUUCGAUCCGUGUCAUUUCGGGUUGGUUGUGUGCGGUAUCGCCGAAAGCCUUCAGGCGUGUUGUUGCUCCUAUCGAUGAUGGGGCGAAGAGAUGAGAGAGACACAAAAGCAAGCAAACGGCAAGCUAGCGACAAACGUGCAGAAUUAGCCGGCGAAUGAAUAAUUAGGUGUCGGUUGCAGCAGAGGAUUUCCGAUAAGGAUCGGAACGGUUCUUGUGUGCCAGGUGCGAAAGUCUUAAGGACAACCCCGGUUCCAGCUAGAGUGUUUGAGUGCCGUACUGUUGGAUUGGGUUGAGGACACGGUGCUGUGCUGUGCUUAACGUGAGGGUGUACAAUGCCACAAACACGGCUUAGUGGCAUCAUCAUCGAACGCUGAUCAAUCACGAUGCAGCAGUGGCCAGUGCGUGGUGAAACGAAAACGCACACUGUGCACCGUGCGAAGCAUGGAAAGUGUCCUCCUGUCGAAAGAUGUUUUAAACAAACCCACGUUAAUUGCAGUGUGUACUUACUUUAAGUGGUCAUUUCGCGUUGGUAAACCUAUACCGGACGUCCUAUGCGCUGGAGAGACCCCUUUUUUUUGCACAAACCUGAUGACGAGAGGGUUUUACACUUUCUACGUGCUGUUCCUGUCCGUUUAUGCAACCCCCAUAAACGAUACCGCAGCAGUCGUGAAAGCAGUCGAUGCGUUAAAAAAGCAAAAAUGCAUUCCCACCCGAGGAUCGGUGAUACAUGUGUGUGAGCGUUUGUUUGAGCGUGAAGUGAACCGUACAGUGUUGUGCAGUAAAGUAUAAUUAAUUAUCGACGCAAUUUUUGGUUGUUUCCCAUGUGUUUCCGAUGAAUGGUGCGAGCUGAAUUGGCGUGAAAUAAAUUGAAAAAAAAAGCAACCCGAAAGACAAGACAACACUCAUCACAGUUCAUCUCCGCCAACGCCGCCGCGAACGUCGCUGGGUGGUUUCGCUUAAGGUUUAUCUGCAAAUUUUCUGUGUAGUGGGGAAUUUGAUAUGCAGUAGUAGCAAGCGCAUCCGAAGAAACGCAAGAGACCACACACACAGGCCGAACACAGCGGCUUCAAUGCAAUAGCACAUACAACACGUUGCAGUGUGCCGCAGUGCCAAAGGAACAACCAAACGCCACCCUCAGUAGGUCAAGAUGCUCCAAGGCAAAGUAAUGCUGCUAAAACUAGCGAUAGUUCACCAUUUGUUUCUCUACAUUCCGUUAGUUGUUUUCGCUUCUAGCUUAGUUAGUAUGAACGACACCGAUAAUCUGCUCACUGCGAGGUGUCGAUCAAACUGUACCUACGAUAAAUCGUGCUACAGCAAGUGUAUGCGCAACUAUCUGGAAAACUCGGCGUACAAAAAGUACGGAGUCUGUCCACCGAAGCCACCCACCAAACUUGAUAGCUUGUGUCUCAACACCUGCGAUGGGCUGGAUUACAAAUGUCCGGGUGUGGAGAAAUGUUGCGAACAUUCGUGCGGUCACAGCUGCCAGAGCCCGCACGGUUUGGAGCAGGUGGCGGGCUUGCCCUCUGUACCGACGCACGUGCAACUAAAGGAGAUGGCUCGUGUAUUUCGUACCGCCCAAAUCGAGUGGGACAUGAAGGUGGAGAACGAACAGAGCCCGACGUACUACAUCAUCGAGUCACGGUUUCACAUUGGCACCACGUAUGCGGAACACAAGAUGGAGAACGAUUGGCAGCUACAUGAGCUGGAAACGUUCACGCAGUACAACCUAGGCACGGUCAAACGCUACGUAGGGGAAAUAAAGCUAAAGCCAGGCCGAUGGUAUCAGGUGCGGGUCGCUGCUGUCAACGGGAUGGGCACUCGUGGCUACUCUGCACCGUCGCGCCAAUUUCAGCUAAGCAAAAGGCCAAAGCCGCCACAACCCCCGAAAAGUCUCACCGUAGGUUCGCUAGAAUUGAACGAAAAUCGAACAUAUACGUGCCGUGUGUCGUGGAGUUUGCCGCGCUCCGAUCUUCCAGUGGAAAAAUAUAAACUCAGCUGGAGUCUCUACCUUAACUUUACUAGCAAUCGUUCGAAAACGGACAAUUCUUCACUGUUCAAGGAGAUGGCUACUAUUUCGGCCCCUGUCCGACACUAUGACAUUCAGGGUCUAUUGCCGGACCGCUACUACUAUCUGCAGAUUCAAGCGAUCAGUAUUUACGGCAAGCGGCGACUCAAAUCAGCUGCUAACCAUUUGCUGGUGAACACGUCUUCUACGGCAUCCGGUCAGGACCGAAGUCCGCUGAAUCUGGACAACCUGCUGAUGGGUGAUGCCAGCUAUCGACGGACAAAAGGCCAUCCAGGCCUUAAAGAAGGCUUACACUCAUCGCCAGUAUCAGCAACCAGCGGUAACCGGAUGAACGCUAAUGGGAUGCCAUCGACAGGCACAAUACGGUACCAGUUUGCGCUGCGAAGAUCAGGCCUCGCAGUACGACUCAGUUGGUCCGAGCGCGGAUACGGCCGCUAUCGAGUACACAUCUGCCGCGGCAAUCGAGAUUGUCUCACCUUAGCUCGCGGAACUACCGGUACUAGCAGCCAAUGGCAAGACGUUGUUCUGCGACGCAAUGCGUAUGAAUUCGGCAAGUUGGAAUUCAAUACCCGCUACACGGCUGGCGUACGAAUAGGAGGACAUCGACGUAACACUCCGGGUUACGAUAUUGUCCGCUCGUUCACAACACCGAAAUGUGAAAAGUUUCGCGAUCAACAGCUUCUACCACCCGAGUGUAACGUUUGAACGUGGAAAUGGAGCACGCGUUGCUGAUGUUAACUGUAUUACAUGAUUGCAAUAGAUUUUGUCACCAUUCCGGUUGUCCUCCGUGUCCCAUGUUUUCCCUGUCGCCAUUUUCAAUACCAUAGAUCAAUUGAGCUGCCAUCGUUAGAUUUUUAAGCUAUGUUUUGUAUUCUAAGAGAUGUCUAGUUGAAAUAAUUAAACAUAUGUGAUUGUGACCGUUAAGAAAAGAUCACUGCAUUAAAAAAAUCAUACAAAAUGUAACUGCAGCCCAUCCGAAACUGUUGUAUGAUCGCAAUUUUUUUUAGAACAGACGCA